AGAACUCUACCAUAAUAAUUACAUGUCCCUUUUGGCUUUAGCUCUUUCUAUAAUCUUUGCUACCUUAUAUGUUCUAUAACAAGAAACCAAUUACUCAACAGACUUAAAUUUUUUUUCCUUUUAACUUUCUUUCUUGAUUCUUGUUUCUAACUUCAAUUCUCCAUUUGGGUCCCCAACUUUUCUUAGAUUCACUCCAGGAUUUCUUUUCUCUCUUCUUGAUUCAUUUCUCAUGGAAAAGGAAUUUCUCUUCACUAGUAAAGAACCAAACAGCACAACAGCAGCAGCAGCAACCUGGAAUUCUUGCAAUUUUGGAAUUGAAAUCCAACCCAAUUGUUUUUUAAAUCCCAAUUGGGAAAAUUCAAUGGAUCAGAGCGAUCCCUUUGAGUCUGCUUUGAGUUCUAUUGUAUCAUCUCCUGUGACAACUUCAAUUCCUACCAGUAAUGGGGACCAAGUUAUGAUAAGAGAAUUGAUCGGAAGAUUAGGAAAUAUUUGUAAUUCUGGAGAAAUUUCUUCUCCACAAUCUUAUAUUAACAAUAAUAAUAAUAGUACUAAUACUUCAUGUUAUACUACCCCAUUGAAUUCACCUCCAAAACUUAAUAUUUCUUCAUUGUUAGGAAAUCAUCCAAGUUUAGCUCAAUUCCCAGCUGACCCUGGAUUUGUAGAGAGGGCGGCUAAGUUUUCUUUCUUUGGAGGAGCCCUAAAUGAGCAAAUGAAGGGUAAUGGGUUUAAGGUGGAUGGGAAUUCAAAUUCUGAUAAUGCAGAUUUUGGAGAUUCUAGAGAGGAAUCUUCUUUAUCUGAGCAAAUCCCAGGUGGGGAAUUGCGAAUGAAAUCCCAGAAUAACGAUUCCAAUUCCAAUGCUAGGAAAAGGAAAGCAAUCCCUAAAGGAAAAGCUAAAGAAACUCCUCCUCCUUCUGAAGCUAAGGUUGUCGUUGCAGAGAAGGAAGAACAAAGUGCAAAAAGAAGCAAAUCAGAGGAAGGAAAUGGGUGUGCAAAGGCUAAAGAAGAAGAAGAAAAUGGGAAGCAGAAGCAGAAUAGUAAUAAUAAGGAAAAUCCAAAUCCAAAAGCAGCAGAGCCACCAAAGGAUUAUAUCCAUGUUAGAGCAAGGAGAGGUCAGGCUACUGAUAGCCAUAGCCUAGCUGAAAGAGUUCGGCGAGAGAAAAUUAGUGAAAGAAUGAAAUUCCUUCAGGAUCUUGUUCCUGGUUGCAAUAAGGUGACAGGGAAAGCUGUUAUGCUUGAUGAGAUCAUAAAUUAUGUGCAGUCAUUGCAGCGCCAAGUUGAGUUUCUAUCAAUGAAGUUGGCUACUGUCAAUCCAAGAAUGGAUUUUAACAUGGAAGCUAUUUUGUCCAAGGAUAUUUUUCAAUCGCGAGGAUCUAUGUCACAUAGUGUUCAUCCAUUGGAUUCCUCUGCUGCUUUAGGAUUGCCUUAUGGUUACCAAUCCCAGCAAGGAGUAGCCCUACCCAAUUCCAGCGGCAUCAUGUCUAGUAAUGCAGAAACUCAAUUCUCAAUGAACCCUUUAAAUGUUUCUGCGUUGCGGCUAAAUCAAAGUGUGCAGUUGCCUCCACUUGAUGGAUUUGGUGAUGGAACUUGCCAGGUAUCACCAUUUUGGGAGGAUGAUCUCCAGAGUUUUGUGCAAAUGGGAUUUUCCCAGAAUCAACAUGCAGGUCAUAUGAAAGUUGAGCUAUGAUAUUAUGAAACAACAGAGGGCUCUGUAUAUACAUCAUCCAAGUUGUAGUUUGGAUUAAUCUCUUAGAUUUGAAGAAAGAGUAGAUUUUUCUUUUUUCUUUUUUAAUUUUUUUCAGUUUUUACUAUUUAAAAUUUAUCUCUAUGUGAUUCAUGCAACUAAUUCUUUGGAGAAAUUCUUAUUACAAAGAACCACAUUGUAAAAUCUACAACUAAUUGCAAUUUGCAACUAAUAUUAAUAUUUGAUAUUUA